CUGCCCAGACAACAUGGCAGAGUUGGUAUAGUGACGGGAGGCAUCAGUGGAAUCUGCUUUGAGACCAAAAGACACAUGGCCAGCCUGGGGGCACACUUUAUCAUAGCUGGACAGCAGGAGCGGGAGGGUGUGUCUGCUGUGAAGAGGAUUCGUGAGGAGAACAGAGAGGCCAAAGGUCACAGUCCCCACAACCCUGUUUGGUUUUGUGUCUCCUUGGCUCUGGAUAUUACUGAUUGGCUGGAGAGUGAACACACCUUUUCAAAGAGCCCGUCCCAGGGAGUGUCUAUGGUCCUCUACACUGCUCUGUCUCCGUCUCUGGAAGGAGAGAGAGGGGGCUACUGGAGCAACGGACGCACAGAGAUGUCAACACCAAACACCUACAACCCCAGGCUCCAGCUCGGCCUCUGGGACUUCAGCUGCAGACUAGUGAGCUUGCAGGAGCAGCACCAACCAUGACCCCUGACCUCUAACCCCUGAGCUCUUAGUCCAUGACCCUGACACCAACACUGUAUGGCUGAGACCCAACACCUCAUCUGUCAUCCUGCCAUUAUCUUAGUUUUCACAAUCUCCUCACCGCCAGACUGUGAUUGGAUAAAGACUGAUGACCAAGGCUGGACUGUGAUUGGUUAGUGAAGCGGUAAGACCUGUUGCAUACUCUUCAGAUGAAUGGGCUGAUGAAAAUGAACCAACCUUCUCCCUCAGACACUGUGAACCCACACACACUGUGUUAUGAGGGUUUAUAGUGCUGCUAUGAGUGUUCAUAGUGACCUCUUGAAAAUAUAUAGCAACCUUAUGCCGGUUGGUACACAGAUCAGAACAGAAAGAACCUUCCCUCCAUGGGGAAACUUUAUUUAAUCAUAAACAAGUGUCAUCACAGUGUGUCUAUUUAUCCUUAUCAGUUAUCAGUGUGUGUGAGUGAUUUUGUCAGUAGCAUCCUGUGUCUAUGAAACAUAUCCUGAUCCCUGCCUGACUGGAUGGUCCAGGACCAAGGAACAGGCCGGCAUGGCAAUAACAUCCGUAAAUCACAGCCUGAAACGGAUAUUUUCAGUUCUUGUGAAAGCAAGCAAAAGGUAUUUUGUGUAAUUUUCCCCAACGCUGUGGGUUACUUCCCCAGGGAGCCAACACCAUCUGAGAGAAUGAAUGCUUUUAGAUUGUGUCCUACCUGCUGGGCUGUGAGUCACACACUGUUUCAUGGUGUUUGUCCGCCUUUGUUACUGUUAGAGGUGAGUGAUGUUUUAUCAAUACAUAUAUAUCACCUCUCCCAAUACAUCAUGUUGCUGUGUGUGUUUCUGGGCACAGUAUGUAUGUGUGUGUGUGUGUGUGUGUGUGUCUUUCAGUGUGCACUGUUGGGUGUUUCUUACAGUCAUUGGUUUGUAUGCAUCAGUGGCGGUUCUAGCUUGUAUGGCUCACUGGGCGAACCUCCCCUUCAGCACCCCCCCCGGCAACUAACUGUACUUUUAUUCAGACAUUUGGAACAACGCAAAUAAAUAAUCAUAACAUUUAAAACUAUAUAAAUAUAAAAAUAUUUACAACAAUAAGAUGCAUAAAUAUCAAAAAGAAGUAACAAAGACAAACAGAAACAAAUUUGUGUUGAUUUGGCACUUGAACAUCGUCCCAUUACCCAUCCCCCAACACUGUCAACCAAUAGUCAAUCCAUUACCCAUCCCCCAACACUGUUAACCAAUAGUCAAUACAUUACCCAUCCCCCAACACUGUCAACCAAUAGUCAAUACAUUACCCAUCCCCUAACACUGUUAACCAAUAGUCAAUCCAUUACCCAUCCCCCAACACUGUUAACCAAUAGUCAAUCCAUUACCCAUCCCCCAACACUGUCAACCAAUAGUCAAUCCAUUACCCAUCCCCCAACACUGUUAACCAAUAGUCAAUACAUUACCCAUCCCCCAACACUGUCAACCAAUAGUCAAUACAUUACCCAUCCCCCAACACUGUUAACCAAUAGUCAAUCCAUUACCCACCCCACAACACUGUUAACCAAUAGUCAAUACAUUACCCAUCCCCCAACACUGUUAACCAAUAGUCAAUCCAUUACCCACCCCACAACACUGUUAACCAAUAGUCAAUCCAUUACCCAUCCCCCAACACUGUUAACCAAUAGUCAAUCCAUUACCCAUCCCCCAACACUGUCAACCAAUUUGUAAGUCGCUCUGGAUAAGAGCGUCUGCUAAAUGACUUAAAU